GUUAUGCAUUAAGCAAAGUAGGGCUGCAAUGACUUUCCUCUGUCCAAUAAUGAUACUAAUAGCGCUAUUUUAACGUUUGGACGCGUGCCCAACGCGCCGCGACGCCUCUUCUCAGCGUAUGUGAGUGGGAUCUGCGGUGCGCGGAGUUGCGUGGCUCCCCCCUCGCGCACUGGACGCUCGCCUCUCGCGCAGGGUUUGGCGUGGAGCUCGUGCAGGACUGGCUGUGCUCAGCGCCACUUCCGGCUUCCGUCAUUUCAUUCUCCCGCCGAUGCGCGCAGCUCAACUCUCUGCGUUCUAUAAGCGAGCGAGCGGCCGACCUGCCAACACUCACUGACACUCACUCAUCUCAUCUCAGACCGCGCCGGAGACCGACGCAAUUCCACAAACUCUUCUCUUUUCAGUUUUUACUGUAGUAAUAAAACAAGAAAGCGGACCGGAGGCAUAAAGGAGAGAGGGACUUGUGGGAUGAAAACGGGGCUAAAAAGAUUCAUCUUCUCUUGAACAUCAUCACCAACCAUCAUUCAUUCAUUACCUUGACAACCUUUGGCUUUGAUUGACAGCUGGAGUGGCAAAAAGCCAUGAGACGCGACAGUUUGGUUGCACGCAGGUUGUUGAUGGGCCGGCUGUAACCUUCAGUUUGGGGGCUCGACUUUUUUUUCUUCUUUUCUUUCUUUUGGGGGGGCAAAGAGGAAAAGAAGAAUAAUUGCAAAACUCUUGCUGAUGCCUGCGCUCGUUCUGGAAAAUAGGAGAAUUCGGCAAGUUGCUUGAAAAAGGGAUCUAUUGCAGCGCGUGAGUUUGUGAGCGGACUGGGAAAUUAAAUCUACGACACAGAUCCAGAGGUUUAUUGGAGCGCAGGCUGAUGGCGCAAAGGUACGAUGAGUUGGCUCAUUACGGCGGCAUGGACGGGGUCGGUAUGUACGGGGAUCCUCACGCGCCUCGGCCGCUGCCGCAGGUCCAUCAUCUGAACCACGGACCGCCGCUCCACGCCAGCCAGCACUACGGCACACAUGCCCCCCAUCCCAAUGUCAUGCCCACCAGCAUGGGCUCGGCUGUCAACGACGUGUUAAAGAGGGAUAAAGAUCAAAUUUACGGUCAUCCUCUGUUUCCUCUGCUGGCUCUGGUCUUUGAGAAGUGUGAGCUGGCCACAUGCACUCCUCGCGAGCCCGGGGUCGCUGGGGGAGAUGUGUGCUCCUCAGACUCCUUCAACGAGGACAUCGCUGUCUUCGCCAAACAGGUCCGCGCAGAAAAACCAUUAUUUUCUUCGAAUCCUGAAUUGGAUAAUUUGAUGAUACAAGCCAUACAAGUAUUACGGUUUCAUCUUUUGGAGCUAGAAAAGGUGCACGAACUCUGCGAUAAUUUCUGCCAUCGGUACAUCAGCUGUUUGAAAGGAAAAAUGCCCAUAGAUUUAGUGAUUGAUGAACGGGAUGGCAACUCAAAAUCAGACCACGAGGACAUCUCGGGAUCUUCCACGAACUUAGCCGAUCAUAACCCAGCGUCCUGGAGAGAUCAUGAUGACGCCACGUCCACACACUCGGCCGGCACACCAGGACCCUCCAGCGGAGGACACGCGUCACAGAGCGGAGACAACAGCAGCGAGCAAGGAGAUGGGUUAGACAACAGCGUGGCCUCUCCUGGCACGGGUGACGAUGAUGAUCCAGACAAGGACAAAAAGCGACAGAAGAAACGGGGCAUUUUCCCCAAAGUAGCCACCAACAUCAUGCGGGCAUGGCUCUUCCAGCAUCUCACACACCCGUAUCCUUCAGAAGAACAGAAGAAGCAGCUCGCUCAAGACACAGGCCUCACCAUCUUACAAGUAAACAACUGGUUCAUUAAUGCCAGAAGAAGAAUAGUGCAGCCCAUGAUUGACCAGUCAAAUCGAGCAGUGAGCCAGGGAGCGGCGUACAGUCCGGAGGGGCAGCCCAUGGGCAGCUUCGUGCUGGACGGACAGCAACACAUGGGCAUCCGGCCGGCAGGUCCUAUGAGUGGCAUGGGCAUGAAUAUGGGCAUGGACGGCCAGUGGCACUACAUGUAACGGCUGUACAGUAAAGAAAAGGGGGAAGUCUGUGAGGCGUGCCGGGGGAGUUCGUACCUCAGCGUGGUCCUGUGGGCAUGAGCAUGGCAUCACCGACCCACCCCCUCCACCGAAAGCCCCUCGUCUCCUUCGUUUGUCACACCGAGCUCCUCGUCACCCUCCGACCCGUGCGGCCAUGCUAAUGCACGGAGACCCCCUCCUCGAGCAGAAUGACCACGACUCCUCUGACCCCUGACCACAGCGCUGCUGGACCGGCCAAUGACCGAAGGGAACCAACAAACACCACCACGGAUGAACUGGACAAUAACCCCACGAAAGAUUUUUGAAGGAAAAGAGAAUGCAGUGAAGUAUCCGAAAGCUUCACGUGGAAUUCCAGACGAGCUGUGAUCGCCUUUUAUCUUGUGAAUUUUGUUACUUUUGUUGCUGGAGGACCAAGAGCUGACAGAAACACUUUGUAAAGUAUUGGGUGUCUGUUCAAAACAACAGAGGAUGUUUCAGCUAAUUAAAAAUACACACAUGCACACACACACACACACACACAUGAUAUAAUGAUAAAAAAAAGAAAAACGAAAAAAAAAAGACAAAAGAGACUCCAAGAGUUCAAACUACUGUAGUAUAAAAACAUAGAAACUAAAUUAAAUCUUGUACAUUUGUAUUCUCACUCACUUUAUGUUUCAUGAGCUAGUCCUAGAGUAAAUCGUUGCCCUGUUUUUCACACUGUGUGUGCUGAUCCCGAGCAGAGGAGCUCCGAUCGCGGCAAUAACGGGAGAAUCACGGUGAACCCGCCCCGUCACGGACCACAGCACCGGUGAUGACGACGACUGAAGCCCGCGCUCUUCAGAGACCCCUCCGCUUUUUCCGUCAUGCAUUUAACAUUUUUUGGUCCAUGAAUGAAUGUUGCUCUGUAGGUGAAGUUCUUCGUUUGAAUUGCCCAAGCACUGGAUUGUGUUGCUUUUAUACGUUUUUAUUAUCAUUAUUAUUAUUAUUAUUAAUUUUGUAUCUCGGACUCUCAGAGUAAGAGCCUUAUGAAGGACGUGUAUCCUCGAGAAGCUGAACGCCUGGGGAUCAAUAAAUCUGUCGAUCCUCGGCACACACAGCAGAGAAGCGGUCGACGCGGAGAAAAACUUUAAAAGGAUGAAAAAAAGAAAAGAAAAAAUGAACUUAAAUUAUGAACUCAAAGCUCGGUGAGAAGCUGAGAGAAUAUUGUAAGAAACUUCGUUCAGAGUUCAGUCUAUUAAUUGUUUCAUGUUAGAUAUUCUAUGUGUUUACCUCAACUGAAGACGAAUGUUUUUGCUAGUUUCAGAUCUGCUGUGGCAUUGAUAUUGUUAUGUCCAUGAUUCCCCUUCCUUUAUCAGCACGUGCUCCACUAGAAGAUGAAAACUGUCUCCCUCGAGCUUUGUCACAAAUACAUUCAGUACUUGUAUGAGGACUGUGGCGUGAUGUUUCAAAGGUGUUCAGUCACAAAUGCUGUAAUAAAUAUUUCAUUUUUGAUUUUGGUA